AUGUUUUAUGCCUGUUUAGCUAUCUUGCUACUGUUUAUCAUUAUGUGUUCAUGUGUUACAUUGGCCAUAAUAGAUCUUGAAAUGUAUAAUUUCGGUCUUUAUAUAGUCCUGUUAUGUAUUGUUGGAACUAUGCUGGCUUGUGCUCUAUGCAUAGCAAAUCCAGGUGCAUGUCCGAAUCCUGGUUGGUAUACCCGAUUUUGCAUUUUAUUACAUGAACACAUACAGGAGAUGUAUCCGAUACCAGCGGAUGGUACAUCUUCUCCCAAGAUGACUGGGUUAAGAGCGCGAAUGCAGGCACACGCUCAAAGUUUUGCAACAUCGGAAGACGGUCAAGCUCGGGCUCCUCUUAGGCAAGAAUCGCGAGCGACUGUAGCUAUGUUAGCUCCAGCUGUUCACAUUAUGCAUCAGGUAUGGAAAGGAAUGGCUUGGGUGACUGACGGAAUCGAAGAAGAGGACGACACCAGAGCAUACGACAAGCUGGAAUUGGGCAAUUCCGAUGAGACAUCUGAGAGUGCGCGUGCUAAACGACUCUCAACUAUAGUCGAAAGUUCAUCUUUCAAAGAAUAUGAAGAAGAAGAUGAGACGAGUAGUGAAAUUAAUUCGUUGAAUGAUGUCACUUUAUGA